AUGAGAAAGAUGCUGCCCCUGGAGACGCUCACCGUCUGCCCUAUGGUGGUUAAUUCAGUGUCUGAAGCCGUCACUCUCCUGCUUCUACUCCUGCUCCUGCUGCUCCUCACCGUCUGGAGCCGAAUAAAGCGGUCACACAUACCAGGUCCUUCCUUCUUGGCAGGACUCGGACCGAUUCUCUCCUACAGCAGGUUCAUCUGGAUGGGGAUAGGGACAGCAUGCAACUACUACAACAACAAAUACGGCAGCAUUGUGCGCGUCUGGAUUAAUGGCGAGGAGACCCUCAUUCUUAGCAAGUGCUCUGCAGUGUACCAUGUUCUGAGGAGCGCCCACUACACAGCCAGAUUUGGGAACAAAAAGGGGCUGGAGUGUAUUGGGAUGGAAGGGAGAGGUAUCAUUUUCAACAGUGAUGUGCCACUCUGGAAAAAAGUGAGGACCUAUUUUUCUAAAGCUUUAACAGGCCCCAGCCUCCAGAGGACAGUGGCAGUCUGCGUGAGCUCCACAGCCAAACACCUGGACAGCCUGCAGGAGAUGACCGACCCCUCCGGACAUGUGGACGCUCUCAAUCUGCUGAGAGCCAUAAUGGUGGACGUCUCCAACAAGUUAUUCCUCAGGGUGCCGCUCAACGAGAAGGACUUGCUGAUGAAAAUCCACAACUAUUUUGAGACCUGGCAAACAGUUUUGAUUAAGCCUGAUAUAUUUUUUAAAGUUGGAUGGCUGUACAACAAACAUAAAAGAGCAGCUCAAGAGCUACAAGAUGUGAUGGAGCGCCUUCUUGAAAUUAAAAGAAAGAAAAUUAAGGAAUCAGAGAAGCUGGAUGAUGAUCGUGACUUUGCAACAGAGCUGAUCUUUUCCCAGAACCACGGAGAGCUCUCAGCAGAUAACGUGAGGCAGUGCGUGCUGGAGAUGGUCAUCGCAGCACCUGACACACUUUCCAUCAGCCUCUUUUUCAUGCUGAUGCUGCUGAAACAAAACCCGGACGUAGAGCUGAAAAUAGUAGAGGAGAUGAACUCUGUCGUGGGUGAUAAAGGAGGAGAAAACAUUGAUUAUCAAAGCCUGAAAGUGCUGGAGAGCUUCAUCAACGAGUGUUUGAGGUUUCAUCCUGUGGUUGAUUUCACAAUGCGAAAAGCUCUGGAAGACGACAACAUCGAAGGCACAGAGAUUAAGAAAGGAACCAACAUCAUUCUCAACAUUGGUCUUAUGCACAAGACUGAAUUCUUCCCAAACCCCAAAGAGUUUUGCUUGACAAACUUUGACAAAACAGUGCCCAGUCGUUUCUUCCAGCCCUUUGGCUGCGGGCCUCGUUCCUGUGUGGGCAAACACAUCGCCAUGGUGAUGAUGAAGGCCAUCUUGGUCACUCUGUUGUCUCGUUACACUGUGUGUCCUCGCCGAGGCUGCACCCUCAGCAGCAUCAAGCAGACCAACAACCUAUCACAGCAGCCGGUGGAGGACGACCACAGCCUGGCCAUGCGCUUCAUCCCUCGAGCGACACCACCUCAACACACUCAACAGUGACACACAAC